ACCGGCGCACACGUAAGCACACGUACGCAGCGAACGUACCCGUCGCGCGAAAAGGUAUCCGCGAAGCAAAAACUACAACGGUGCGGAGUACGUACGAACUGGACGCGCGCGCGUGUGUAUUAUUUUACCCUGUCUUGGGGCAGUUUGCCGUUUGCGUAUGCUUUUAAGGGUGUGUGGUUGUUUUUAUUUCUCCGUUGUUUUGGUACCGAAUUUUUCACACAUUCAGCGUCGCAGCGUCAAAACUAGAGCUAUUUUUUGUUCGGUAUCUCUGCUGAUUUUCGGUUGCGUGAACAUAUAAACAGAAAAUAAAUAAAUAAAAUCCGGUUUGGCAGCGAUUAUCAGUGCGGGCAGGCGGAGUGGUGACCGCGCUCGAAAAGUUCCAUUAAUAUUUGACCCCUCCCCCCCUCCCGCUAAACUUCUCCAAAAGGAAAAUGGCUCGCGGAUGUGUUGAAACGAUUGGCUUUGGCGCUAUCGAGUGGUUCGGUUUCUAUCGGUGAUGCUUUGCUGUGCUCUAUUGAAUUUGUCGCUGUUUGAAGUAGAAAACAUACCGAGAGGUGAUUGUUCGUUCUUGUGUUGAGUUGGAGGUUUGGAAAUAAAUAAAGAAAAAUAUUCAGUUCCCGCCUGUUGACGCGUCGAGUGGUGCAGAAGUGAAUAGUGAAGAAUUGUGGUGGCCGAUAUUCUGGGGUUAGAAGGAAGAAACAAAACAGAAAAAAAACAUGUUGCUAGGAACGCAAACACACGCAGGAGCGGCUACGGUGGCAGCGGCAGCAGCUGCAGCAGCAGCAGCACUGGUUGCAUCGAAAACGGGAAGCAGUGGGACAGAUUUUUCAAUCGCCGCCAUUAUGGCACGCGGUGGCAACAGCUCGAGCCGGGAGCCAUCGGAGCGAAGCAGCAGUCCACUUUCGGUUGGAGAUCGAUUCCCUGAACCAGAUGACGAUGUCGAUGUUGAUGUGGAGCAGUGUAGUGAUUCGGAGGCACCGGUCAGCUCGAAUCGAACGUCGAACAAGAAUCGUUCCUCGCGAACGGGCGCUACAUCACCGACGCGUACUACUGGCACUCCAUCGGACGAGGAGCGGCUUACUCCAGAACCGGCACAGUCCAAAUCAACGAUCGUUGGGUCUUGCAACUGUGACGAGAUGCGCCCGAUACAGUGUCACCUGGAGACGAAGGAGCUGUGGGAUAAGUUUCACGAUCUUGGUACCGAGAUGAUCAUCACCAAGACGGGCCGCCGAAUGUUUCCGACCGUGCGCGUCUCGUUCUCGGGACCGUUGCGCCAAACGACACCGUCCGAUCGGUACGUGGUGCUGCUCGAUGUCGUACCGAUGGACAGCCGGCGCUAUCGGUACGCCUACCAUCGGUCGUCCUGGCUGGUGGCCGGAAAAGCUGACCCACCGCCACCCGCCCGCCUGUACGCCCACCCGGACACGCCGAUCGGGCCGGACGCGCUCCGCAAGCAGGUCAUAUCGUUCGAGAAAGUUAAGCUCACCAACAACGAGAUGGACAAGAAUGGUCAAAUUGUACUGAACUCGAUGCAUCGCUAUCAACCCCGCAUACAUUUGGUUCGUCUCGUCCCCGGGCAAAACAUUCCCAACUCACCCAAGGAGCUGCAGGAAGUGGACCACAAAACGUACGUUUUCCCGGAGACGGUAUUCACCGCCGUCACGGCCUACCAGAACCAGCUGAUAACGAAGCUAAAGAUCGAUUCCAAUCCGUUCGCGAAAGGAUUCCGGGACUCGUCACGGUUGACCGAUUUUGAUAGCUACUCUGGCAUGGACCCAAUGGACGCCCUCCUACUUGAGCAACAUCUCCGUUCACCGAUGCGCCUGUUCCCCGAUCCGAUGACGAUGGCUCAGUUCGCUUCGAGUCAAGAUCCGGACGGCUCUGCCCAGGCGGCGCUGUUCGAAAAGGCUCGUCAGCAUCUGCAGCUGUGGGGCCGAUCACCGUACAGCGAGCUGCUGCUGCCCCAGAUGUAUCAACGACCUCCCGCCAGCCUCGGUGCGCUUAAUCUUGGACUCUGGCAAGCCACCGGCGGCCAGUGGCCACCACAGAUUCCAGCCGGCUUUCUACAGCAAACGGCUUCGCUGGCCGUAGCGGCAGCCGCUGGCCAAAGCCCUCGUACGCCACCACCACAAGGACAGCCUGCCUCGAGCCCGUCGCCCAGCUCUGGCUCACCGUCACCGAGCGAGAUGCGAUCCCGGCAGCUGGGCAAUCGGUUCAGUCCCUAUCAGAUACCUCCACAGCAUGCCCAACAGCAGCCAACAGGGUCAGGCUGCAGGACACCACCACGCUAGUGCUGUACGUUAGCAGGAGUUUACAAGAUCUAAGUGGAAUGGUUUUCUUGUAGAUAUGGAGUAAUCGUUGUUGUAUAUAGGUGUUUCUAUGACAUCAAAGUGCUAUUGAACUGAGUGCACUUUUCAUAUCACACCUUGUUAUUUAUUUUAGCCACCGAUAGCAUUUUACCUAAUUCUUUUAUUGGCAGCAUUGAUUAAAAAUGUAAUUUUAUGUUGUAUGUGUUAUGUGUUUAUAAGACAUAAUCAUUUUACGACCACAUGAUAUAUUUAUUAUUUACGCAAUAAUUGUUCUACACUAUUGUAAAAAAGCGAUGCAGUUGUGAUUAUAAGACAGUAAAUA